GUCGGUCCCUCACUCAUCUGCCGCGUUAGGUAGCGCUGCAGCUAGCAGCCCGUGGAGAUGCACACACUUUGAAUGAAAGUCGUCAAGCCUGACACUUUUAGCUUCUUACAAUAUAUGAACAGUUGGUGUAUCUAGCGGGACUUUAUCACACACUUGGACAACAUUCAUACAUUUGGCGACAGGAGGGAAGGAGCGACUGGGCGGCGUGUGUGACAAUGCGGCGGCUCACGGCGCAGCUCUUCGCCGGGCUGCUGGCAGCGGUGCUUGUGCGGUGUCGGGCGGACGGCGGCGGCCCCAGUCUGGCUGAGAGGGUUAUCUGGGCUGUCAACGCCGGAGGGGAGUCGCAUGUGGACGUGCACGGCAUUCACUUCAAAAAGGACCCCUUGGAAGGGAAAGUCGGUAAAGCAUCGGAUUAUGGGAUGCGCCUGCCGAUCCUCCGCUCCAGCCCUGAGGAUCAAGUUCUCUACCAGACCGAGCGCUACAAUGAAGACACUUUUGGAUACGACAUCCCCAUUCGUGACGAAGGCGACUAUAUACUAGUAAUGAAGUAUGCAGAGGUUUACUUUGCCCAGUCACAGCAAAAGGUGUUUGACGUUCGACUAAAUGGCCAUGUGGUUGUGAAGGACCUGGAUAUCUUUGAGCGAGUGGGUCACAGUACCGCACACGAUGAAAUAGUGCCCUUCUCCAUUAGACGGGGCAAGCUGAGUGUACAAGGAGAGGUGUCAACUUUCAACGGCAAGCUCACAGUUGAGUUUGUGAAGGGAUAUUAUGAUAACCCCAAGGUCUGCGCUCUCUAUGUGAUGAAAGGAACACCAGAAGAUGUACCAAAACUGCAGCCUCACCCUGGCUUGGAGAAGCAUGAGGAAGAGGAGGAAGAUGGCGAGGUAGGAGAUGACGUCGGGAAGAAGAAGCUGCCACCAGAUUCCAAGCUCAGGGUCCAGUCGGGCCCCCGAACACCAAACCCAUAUGCGGCCGACAACAGCAGCCUGAUGUUCCCCAUCCUGGUGGCCUUUGGCGUCUUCAUCCCCACAUUGUUCUGCCUCUGUCGGCUGUGAGCCUCCAGCACGGACAGGAAGACUGUGUGACAGGUGUGUGAUCCAGUUAGUGGCCUGAUGAGUGCACCGUAGUGGCAAGAAAAGAAGAAGCACAACAUGACUAAUGUUUACUUGGCAUCUGUUGAAAUCCCAGCAGCCUUUUAAAAACCUCUUGUCUUAACUCCUCUAUCAACUUUUGUUUGCCUAAGCUAACAUUGUUAUCUUCAAAUGGCCAUCUUCUUUUAGUCGUAGGCCUGUCUUACGAUGCCUGAAGUGUGUUUUUUUUUGUUUUUUUUAAUGCUUGUGUGAAAAACAAGGCCAUCAUGUUGUGGAUCCUUCCUUGCGACCAUUUCCACCAUUCAUGAGGUGGCAGUUUAGGGGAUGACGUCAUCUUCCAGGCCAGUGCUUCUCAAAGCUUUUUCACCACAGAAAACAUUUGGCUCUCCAAACACCGCCAUCAUUUAAACAAUAAAAUACAGUAGCGUAGCAGGUCUUAAUAUUCAUUAAAAACCAGGUUGUACAAUAUUUUUGGCCACUGUAACCUGACACACAGUUUGAACAGUAACACUGCGUGUAAUUAGGUGUACAAGUUUGAGAGUCACUGCCUUUGAAGACCUUUAGAAAAACCUCCAAUAAUUCAGCAUGUUUGCUCUGUGCUGGUGUCCACUGUGGCAUGUGUAUAUAAAGCUACAAAUCGCAUUUUGGACACGUUUGGAUCAUGCAAUAUAACGGUUCUUAUCACAUUUGUGUGGGGGGGGGGGGAUAUAUUGUUUGCUUUGUAUCUAUUUUUUAAUUGUCUCUAAAGGAAGACCUGUGGCCUUUCUUCACGAGAGGUACAAAAGCCUGACAAAUGAAGCGGCUCUGGCAAAAGUAAUAAAUUAGCAUAUAUCUUAAAAAAAGAAGUGGGCUCUUCCAUCUGUAUUUUGUGUCAUUUCAAUCUGAAGACAUGUUCUGAUACACUUUUGUGUUGAUUUGUUGCCUCAGGAUGUCAUUUCUCUGGUGUGACUGAGUUUUGCAUUGUGUCAUGGCCUUGAAUUAUGAACACAUGAAUUGUGCUCGGCCGUCAUUUCCCUCCUGUGUGCCACCGCGUCGUCCUGCUCAAAGCAGCCAAAGCUUGGUCAUGCAUUUCAACAGACAGUCAAGAAAAUAAGUGUUUGAACCCCCUGCUAUUUUGCAAGUUCUCCCACUUAGAAAUCAUGGAGGGGUCUGAAAUGUUGACAGUAGCUGCAUGUCCACUGUAUGAGAGAGAACCUAAAAAGAAUCAUCCAGAAAUCACAAUCUAUGAUUUUUUAACAAUUUAUGUGUGUGAUAAAGCUGAAAAUAAGUAUUUGAACACAAACAUUAAUAUUUGGUAGAAUAACCUUUGCAAUUACAGAGUUCAAAGGUUUCCUGUAGUUCUUCAGCAGGUUUGCAGAGACUGCAGGAGGGGUUCUGGCCCACUCCUCCACACAGAUCUUCUCUAGAUCACUCAGUUUUCUGGGCUGUCGCUGAGUAACACAGACUUUCAGCUCCCUCCAAAGAUGUUCAAUUGGAUUUAGGUCUGGAGACUGGCUAGGCCACUCCAGAACCUUGAUAUGGUUCUUACGAAGCCACUUGGUUUUCCUGGCUGUGUGCUUUGGGUCAUUGUCAUGUUGGAAGAUCCAGCCAUGACUCCUCUUCAAUGAUCUGACUGAGGGAAGGAGGUUUUUGGCAAACUCUCACAAGUCAUCCUCUCCUUAAUACAGUACAGUCGUCCUGUCCCAUGAGCAGAAGAACACCCCCCAAGCAUGAUGCUUCACAGUAGGUAUGGUGUUCUUGGGAUGGUACGCAUCUUUUUUUGUUUUGUUUUCCAAGAUGGCGCUGCUCUAGUGGCUGCUGUUGGCAGGAGCUCUGUGCUCUUGUCAUCCUUUUGUGUUUCCCUCUUGUUUUCAUGUCUUAUUAUAUUUUUUUGCCUUCUGGUCCGGGACCCUUUGGGACUGUGUGACAAGGGGUGGUACUUUCAUGACCUCUGUGGUGCUUUUUUUGUGGACUUCUGGAUCUGCCUCCCGGGAGCCUUUUGGCCAUGGAGACCAGCUGCUGGGUCUCUGCCACACCGGAGUCGGUUUGGAGGGGCUGGAGGAGAUGUGGAUGAGGGGACAGGACUGCAGAGUUAUCACUGAGCGCUGGGACGGAGAGGCCUCGCGGUGUCUUGACUGGGUGAGCAGGUGUCGGACACCUCAGUCACCUUGGACGUAUCCUUGCUCAUCCAUGCGGACUGGACACUGGCCGAGAGUGGAGUCGGCUGUCUUGGUUGCUUUGUUGGGUCUGCUCCUGUCUCUGACCAUGCUCCCUCCAGCCCAGCAGACGAUGAUGGCGUGGAACACCGCAGUGGAUAUGUUUCUUUUACUUUUUAUUCAUAGCUGUAUGUAGAAGUGUCUGGUUGUAUCUGCUGCUUUAAUGUCUUUCAUGUCCUUUGUGUUCUUUGAUGUUUCCCUCUUACACACAUGUAAAAGGGAUGUGUUCCUUUGCUAUGACUUUCCUCCUCUCCAAGGUUCUCAUAGUCAUCAUUGUCACCGAUGUCCCACUGGGUGUGAGUUUUCCUUGCCCUUAUGUGGGCCUACCGAGGAUGUCGUAGUGGUUUGUGCAGCCCUUUGAGACACUAGUGAUUUAGGGCUAUAUAAGUAAACAUUGAUUGAUUGAUUGAUUGACUUGUUUUUUGUUUUUUUUCCCUUGGCCUCAGUCUCUACCCCCUCUCCAGGGCUCAGGCUAAGACCGAUUUUUUUAUUUAUUUUAUUUUAAUCUUCUAUUUUUUUCUCCCAUUCCCCCCCCCCCCCCCCCCUUGUUUACCUGUAUCUCAUCUUUUUUGUAAGGGGCGCUGGAAGCCGGCAGACCCGUCAGCGAUCCUGUUCUGUCUCCCUGUAAUGUUUGUCUAAACUUGAAUGGGAUUGUGCUGAAAAUUGUAAUUUUCCUGAAGGAACUCUCCUGACGGAAUAAAUAAAGUACUAUCUAAUCUAAUCUAAUCAUCCUUUUUCCUCCAAACACACAGAAUUAUGACCAAAAAUGUCAAUUUUCAUGUGUAUCUUGUAAGGGGUGCACAGGUGUGUUUAUGCAGCUAAUGACCUCACACAGGUGCAUCUGAGUCAGGAUAAUACAGUGGAGUGGAGGAGGACUUUUAAAGCUGGACUAACAGGUCUUUGAGGGUCAGAAUUCUAGCUGAUAGGUGUUCAAAUACUUAUUUUCAGCUGUAUCACACAAAUAAAUUGUUAAAAAAUCACAGAUUGUGAUUUUUGCAUUUUUUCUUUUUAGGUUAACUGUCAAAUAGUAGACAUGAACCUACUUUGAAAACUUCAGACCGCUCCAUGAUUUCUAAGUGGGAGAACUUGCACAAUAGCAGGGUGUUGAACUACUUCUUGUCUUCAUUGUCUUCCCAGCCUGUUGUGUUGUCCACAUGUUGUUGGAAUGCAGAUGUGCUCUUUGUCUUUUCAAACCAAAGACUGGCUGUCCAACACGGCGUCUUGGCGUCAAGAAAUCAGGGAAGUAAACGAGCCAUUCCCCCUUUUCAUCACAUCGCUCUGGGGUUUUUAUUUCUAAUCCACUCUCUGCUUCUUCCUUGCCUUGUCUGUCAUUUUGAAACAGUUUGUACACCAGCUGAUUUGAAGCGGAGACUCGACAAAAACACCUCGGCUGGCGUCUCCACCGUCCGAGCAGCGUGUGAGAUAGUUUGUGUGUGAAGCUACUGAAGGACAUGUGCAGAAAGGGAAGGGAUUCACCUGGCCAAAUUCCUUCGAGAUCCACCCAGGUAAUCAUUUUUGCAAUGCAGUCUGCUGAAAAUGACGGAAAGUGCCAUUUUUCAUAGCAGCAGACGCUGUGGUCAACUGGAAUUGGCACAAAACACAUUUCAGGAUGUCCAACACAUUACUGCCAUCUCCCAGUUUGCCACGUUUCAUGUGUCAGGUACACCGCGGCGAAUGGGGCCCGAUGAAUCCCCUUCCUCUUGUGCAUGUAGAAAAUGUUUCUAAUGUACUGUACAAAUAUAUACCUGAUGUGUUGGCCUCAAGGCGGCAGCAAGAAAAUGGAGGCUUACUAGCGUGUCUGCAAGUGCUGAUAAAUGGCUCUCUUUUUAAUAAAUGUGCUAUUUUAUCA